AUGAUGGCAAUGGUGAAUCUUCAACAUACGACCGCGCCAACAAUCAUGUAUGGGCCGGAGGCCAGUGAUGGAGACUCUGUGUCUUCUGUGGGGUCGGCCAGUUCCACUGGAAACACAAGCCCCACGGAGGGCACUUUUGAUGAUGGACAUGGAAGCAGCAGCAGUAGUAGUAACAGCAGCACAAACGGCAUUUCGGCAAAACAUACUUCCGCCGGUGAAGGGUCAGGUUCUGACGGUGCUGGGGGUAGAAGAACUCCAAAGGGACGCGUUUUCCAAUGCACAGGGUAUCCUGAUUGUAGCAUGUCCUUCACAAGGUCUGAGCAUUUAGCGCGUCAUAAAAGAAAACAUACUGGUGAAAGACCAUUCACAUGUCCUUAUUGUUCCAAGAAUUUUUCCAGAUUGGACAAUCUUCGUCAACAUAAACAGACAGUUCAUGCUUAUGAAGUUUUUUCUGUUUCUGAACAGCAACAACAACAACAACAUCAUCUUCAAGCACAGGCCCAAGCACAGGCACAAGCACAAGCACAAGCCCAGGCACAAGCCCAGGCACAAGCACAAGCCCAGGCACAAGCAGUACAUCUCCAUCACAUUCAUCAACAACCACAACCAACCCAGUUACACCACCCAAUACAGGUCGUACACCCACAAUACGCCACUCAUAUGAGCCAUUCAAUCCCUGAUAAACAGUCGAACCCAGCAACUCCUAACACAACCAUGUUUUCAUCUGGUGUACCUUCAUCAACUUCAUCUGUAGACUACAUGAGCAUGGCAUCACCACCCAACUCCAACCUGCCCAUUUCAUACUAUCAUCAAGGAUAUCAAUCAAACACAUCGAGCGCAAGUAGCAUAAUAUCGUCCAAUCUGUCAAGCUCAUCACACACCAUCAAACCGAUAUCGAAACCUUCAGAUAUGAGAGUCAAGCGUAGACCCAGACCUCUUUCUCUUCUGCAUUCCUUUUACGGCUCUUCUGCUGGGCUGCAAGCACCGUAUGUUCGCCAACUGUUAAAGUCUGCGCCUCUAGUUCCACCUUCGAACAAGGCCGUAUCGUAUGGUCCAAAGUCUGCAUCUCUUACUCCAAACAUGGUAUCUCCAUUAUCUCCAUUGUUCCAUUUAUCGUUUAAUCAAACGAUAAAUUUCUCAAGUGAACCAAAAAAUACUUCAUCACCACUUUCUUCAAGUUUCAAUGGGAUAACAUCUCUCCCACCACCAUUGAAGAAAACGCAGCUCACUCCACUUCCUAGUAUCUCGUCAAUUGGCCGGGCCAAUGGAUUGACGGGUGUGAAUGACACUCCAUCGACAAUUCCUAACAAUGAAACCACGGUGAAAUUGCUGCCGGUGCCUAUAACCAAGAAAAGGGAAGGCUUGAAUGAGUCCGGUACAUCUUCAAAACAAUGGCUUCGUGGGGUACUCAAUGAAGACAACAAUGAGCCACCAAAGCUACUGGCACCAGUUAUCCUUCAAUCGAAAAAGCCAACGAUUGAUCUGCUUCUUUCACCAUAUUAAGGACAUUUAAAACUGUAUUACUAUCAUCAUCAUUAUUAUUAUUGUUAUCUAGCAUAUGUACACUAAAGAUAAAGGAAUGAAAAAAUAAAAUGAAU